AUGUUCGCAGGCUCGGGCCUGGACGGGGCCGAGCCGCAGGAGCCCAAGCUGUCCAAGAGGCAGCAGCGGCUGCGGCAGCGGCAGGAGGAGCUGACCCACAAGUUCAGGGAGCUGGAGCUCCUGGAGCUCUACCUGAGCCGCUUCGCCGCCAAGCGGCGCAUCAGCCUGCAGAUCCUCGUCGACCUCUACCAGGCGAUGAUCACCGCCACAGUGCGUGCCAAGAAGAACCGGGGCGGCGAGGCUGGCGCGCAGAAGAACAAGAAACAUAAGGGGAGAGCAGACGCCGCGCUCAGGCAGCUGCAGGACCAGCUGUCGCAGCGGAUAUCCAAGCUCCUGACCAGGGCCCUGAAGCAGAUCUGCCGGCCCGCCCAGGUUCGCGAGGUCGCCGAGUGGUGUUCCCCGGACGAGUGGGCCGAUCGGGCGCGUCAGCUGCUCGAGCUGGCUGCUGGGCCUCAGGCGGCGGCGGCGGGGCUGCGCCCGCAAGCCGUUGGCUCGCAGCUCCUCUACUUCUUCUGUGCCUCGCAGAGGGCUGCGGCGCUGGGCGGCGCGGCUGCUGGCGCCGAGGCCGGGGCCGGCUGGUCGUUGGCAGAGGAGCUGCUGGGGGGUGUCCUGCGCGACUGGGGCUCCAAGAAAGACUGCGAGGGCUGGUGCGAGGCAGCCCUCGGAGCCUUCGCGUUCCGCGCGCCCGAGGUGCUGCUGCGCCUCCCCUGGCUGGAGCACGUGCGCUCGAACAAGAAGGUGUUCGCGCAGCGCUCUCAGAUAGCCUUCAUAUCGGAGAGGCUGCUGCGGAACCUGCCUCCCGAAGUGGCCGUUGGCGCCGCUGCCACCGAGCUCGGUCAGGGCUUCACGGCGCUGUGCACGGAGCUCCUCGAAGGCACGUUGUCCGGCAAGGACAGCAAGGACGAGGCCAGCGAUUCGUCGGCCUCGCAGCGGGCCAAGCUGCGGCGCGAAGGGCUGCGGGGCCUCGCGGUGGCGCUGAAAGCAUCGCAGAAGAAGGGCGGCGGCAGUCAGAGUGGCCCUACCCUAGACACCAAGCACGUCGCGAGCGUCGUGGCGAGGGUGCGGGACUCGCUGCCCGCCAAGCGGGGCCAGGUCUACCAGCUCUGUUGGGACGUGCUGCGGAAGGUGGGCAAGCCACACGCCGGCAAGGGCGGCGGUGCCCAGGAGGGUGCGGCGGAGGGCCAGAAGAGGCCACGGUCCGAUGGCGAGCAGUCGGCGGCAUCCGGGAAGAAGAGGAAGACGUCCUGA